AUGAGCGCCCUCCGGCCAUGCGGCUGCGCACUUGCAGCCGUGGCUCUGGGCCAACGUCGCGAAUCGGCGAGCAAGUGCUCUGCUCCCUCCGAGACGCCUUGCGCGAGAUUUGUGGAAGCGAAGUUCAUGGGACUCCACAAAAAGGGCUUUGUAAGACAAGGAGACUGGCAUCCUGUUACGCUGUGGCCGCCGCUAAGCUUUAGCAGCGUUUGGCAGACCGGCCGCUACUUUGCCAACUUAGUGCGGCCUUCUGUAGCGGUCAAGGUGUUCAAUGCCAGGGAGCAGGAGGCUAUCGAGGGACUGUCGAAGCGGGAGUUCUUCGAGAAGUACGGCUUCGUGCUCUUGCGGCGACCUACAAAAAUGCAGGCCGAGGAUUGGACCAACUGUGCACCGAAAACGCUGGACCUCUCCAACUUCACAGGCAUGGGGAUGCCAAAGAUUGAGACUGCGAUCUCACGCAUCUAUGCCAAGGAGGUGGAGGAGAUGGUCAGGGAGCUGAUGCCGGCCGCCACCUUUGUGGAGCUGGAUCCGCUCUGUGCACGGCGCGGCCCGGGCACAAAGAAUCCGACAUACUCUUUCGCCGUGCAUCAGGACUACGGCUACACAGCCGACGACUGGCCGCUGGCGGACAACGGCUUCAAAGCUCGCUUUGACGAGCCGAAUGUCACGGGUUUCAUGGCCGUGAACUUCUGGCGGCCUGUGCUCCCGAUGAAAGGACCGGUGAAGAAAGCGCCGCUGGCGGUCUGCGAUCCCAGAAGCGUGAAGAUGGAGGACACAGUGCCCAUCAACAUCCGCUGGGACGAGCUGGGGUAUGUGAAGAUGCUAGCUCUGGCUCAUGAUGGCGACCAGCGCUGGUACUACUAUCCGGACAUGACCGUGGACGAGGUCCUCGUCUUCAAGUCCUUCCAGUACUUCAAGCGCCAGGAGGGCCGGCCGGAGCUGAACACCUGCUUCCACACCGCCUUCGAGGAUCCGACGGCGCCGCCCAACGCCGAGCCACGGCAGAGCGCAGAGUACCGGGUGCGUGUCUGGCCAGACGCCCCAAAGAGUUGUCGAGCAUGCAAUGCAUUCUUGCAGCGCCACCUUUCUGCAGAGACCUCGCCCUCGCAAGGUUCUGACGCUUUCGCGCGCCACGGACGCCGCGAGACGCACGGGAGUCGUGCAAAAAGCCUAUGCAGCAAGAGCCCGACCGCCGCACGCAUCCGGAUGCGCGGGCGGGAUACGGCAGGAGAGAGCCAUGUCCGACCAAUCGCAGUUUGUGUCGUCGCCGUUUUCUUCUCAGGUGAUGUCAGCCCGCUUGAUAGGGCUGAUACCCCGUCAGGAAAGUUGAAUUUGAGAAUCCCGUCCACCAUGCUGGCAUCCAGCAUGAUGUAG